UCAUGUGCUCUGCCUCGCCUUCACACUCGGUUUCGAAAGCAGUGCCGAAGCUGUUCGUGAUUGGUCCAUAACAAUUGCUCGAUUUGGUAAGCCAUCCCAAAGGAGAGACAAACGUGGGCAGAUCAUGGAGCCAACCAUACCUGAGAAUGUGAGAUACGGCUUAAACAAUCGACCGGCGCGCAAAUCCAAGCGAGCAAAAAAAGCCACAGGAUUACAAGACGGUAAUGGUGCGGCAAACUUAGGAGAGGAGAGCGGAGCGACAGAAGCACAAGAGGGCGAGGCGACAGAAGCACAAGAGGGCGAGGCGACAGAAGCACAAGAGGGCGAGGCGACAGAAGCACAAGAGGGCGAGGCGACAGAAGCACAAGAGGGCGAGGCGACAGAAGCACAAGAGGGCGAGGCGACAGAAGCACAAGAGGAGAUCGGUUCAGCCUUAGCAGGGGCGCAGGCAGGCCAAAGCUCUGAGAUAGCAAGUGCACGACCGUACUCGGAAAUUGCCUGGCCAGAGUUGUUACCAACCGAUGACACAGGACCCUUCUGUGGGUGCGGCCGUGGUAACAACCCGUCAACUGGAAUGAUAAGGUGCAGUCGUAGAACCUGUCCACACAACAA